CAAAUCUUCGGUUAUUAGCUGGAAUUACAUACGAGACUAAUUCAUCUGUGCAAUACACGCAUUUCUGAACGGACGUGAAUCGACUGUUAGUGUGUGCAUACUGUAUAUUGUAUGAAUUGAUGGAUAUUGGUGGGAAUUAGGGAAGGGAGCCAAGUUUCAAGGGAUUUAUGGACGCAUGGACACGGAGAACUGGCUGCUACAAAUAUCAACCGGGUACUGUCUGGUGCGCUUUUUCUGAAGUCGAUUUACGUCACGUUGGAAGAAAACAAAACGUUUAAAGGUGGUAUGGCACACCCUCCAAAAACUAUCAGUGGACAUCCGCAGGGGAUAAACAGACGCGAAUUUGUAUGAAUCGUCCAAAGGUAUAGGCUAUCUAGAACCCAGUGGACAACAAUUCAACGGGACCUUCAGGAAAAAGUAGGGGAGAACUACUCAGGGCUCGUACAAGUUACGAUGCACUCAGGCAACUAUAUAUUGCUCUUUCUUGGGCUCCUGGACAGCGGGACUGCCCUGCAGUGCAAAGAUCAUGCCUGCAGCCCCCCAAUGGGAAACCUGGCGACUGGCAGAAGGCUCCAGACCCUGACCAGUUGUUAUGGUGGACCCUCCUCUCUCCGCUCUGCUCCCAGCUACCCAUGCUCAGUGUCCCACCCACCUAGCCACAUGGCGGAUGACCCCUUCUUGCACCCUGGCACCUGGUGGGCGUCUGAGGCUGGCGUGGGAGAGGAGGAGAUCCGUCUGGACCUGGAGGCCCAGUUCUGCCUGACCCACCUCAUCAUGCUGUUCCGCUCACCCCGUCCUGCGGCGAUGGUACUGGAGCGAUCCCGCGACUUUGCCCAAAGCUGGGGGCCUCUCAAGCUCUUUGCCAGCAACUGCAGCCAGACCUUCGGUCUCCCUGACGACGUGAGCCAGCCAGGUGCGCCCUGCACCUCCCGCUACUCCGGAGCCUUGCCCUGCAGUGAGGGAGAGGUGAUCUUUAGAGCCUUGGGUCCUGGUAGCGGAGUGGAUGAUCCCUACAGUCAAGAGGCUGUUCACCUGCUGACCCUCACCAAUCUGCGCAUCCGCCUGCUGGGGGCACAGUCCUGCCCCUACCCUGGAGCUGCCAAUCACCCUAGCCCCUCCCCUAUCCCUCUGAACUUCUCCAAGCCUUUACCCACACCCCAAAUGGCAUCGUUUGCUGUCUACACCUUGCUGGCCGGCGGAACUUGCCUUUGUCAUGGCCAUGCUGAGCGAUGUCUUCCCCUUUCAGGGCCCCGAGACGCGCUGCACCAAGGGGGCAUGGUGCAGGCCAGGUGCAUGUGUCUGCAUCACACAGCAGGUGAGCACUGUGAAAAGUGUGCCCCGCUCUUCAACGACCGGCCCUGGCGUCCAGCCAAUGGCAGCAGCGGGGAGCCCCAUGCCUGCCAGAAGUGCGAGUGUCACGAUCAUGCAAAUACCUGUCGCUUCUCCCGGCGAGCGUGGCGGUCCUCAGGUGGGUCCAGCGGGGGGAUCUGUGACAACUGCCGCCACAACACCGAGGGCCGCAGGUGCCAACGCUGUCGCCCGGGCUACCAUCGCCGCCCUGCCAAACCCCUGAACUCUCCCCACGCCUGCACACGAUGCCUGUGUGACCCGGUAGGCACAGUGCCAGCCCGGGAUAGAGGCAGGGGUAAGGGUCGGUGGUGCCACCCCCGUAGUGGACACUGCCACUGCAGGCCAGGAGUCGGUGGCACAAGGUGCAACAUCUGCCUCCCGGGACACUGGGGUUUUGGGGAUGAGGGGUGCAAGCCGUGCGUGUGCCCUCAAAACUGUGACCCCGUCACAGGCCACUGUCCGGACAGUCAUCACCGUGAGGUGGUCUACCACAUUCCAGUUGGAGGCAAGAUCACCGAUAUCACGCACACCCAGACCAAUGGGAAUGAGAGGGCAUGGUCCGAGGAGCUUGCCAUCUCUGCUCUUCAUCAUGUGGGCAAAUGCACCUGUGAAGUGAAGAAAUUCAGAAGUGUCACUGAACUCUGCAGGAUGAAGCACACCUAUGUGAUUAAGGGCACUGUCCUGUCAGCCCAUGACAAGGGGAGUCACGCCGAGGUGAGAGUAAAGGUACGCAAGGUCCUGCGUUCGGGACAGGGGUUACUGUCCCAGGGCACCCACACCUUGUAUCCCCUGUCCUGGACCAGCCGUGGGUGCACCUGUCCUGUCCUCAACCCAGGUGUGGACUAUCUGCUGGCCGGACCAGAGGAGGCCAAGUCCGGGCGACUGCUGGUGACCAUGCAGAGCGUGGCGUUGCCAUGGACACCUGCCCUGGGCGAUCAGGUGACUAAGGGACUGCAACGAGGCUGCCCCUGACCCCGCCCCCUCCCGUAUGCACACGGAGCGGGCAGUGCCUCUGACUCACCUGGCCCUGCAGGAGUGCAGGCAGACGCUGCAGGCCACCUGCACUGAAGCCAUACAGACAUAUGAGCCAGGCGACCCACUCCCGUGGCCCACGCUCACCGGAGCAUUUUGGACAGCCAUCUACCGGAUGAAACUUAAGGGAUGCAGUUUGUAAGCCUCACCUUGUUUAUGUGAAGCGACUUGAGCCUUGACCUAGGGGAAUCGGGCACACUGGAAGAUUCGCUGUUAGCAAGUUUCUCACUGGUGCAGCGUUGGGAUAGGACAGUCACACACCUGUGUGUGAGGCCAGGUAUUCAACCUGAGGGCCAAAGGUCUCCUGCUUAAUUUAGCCCUCUUCCAUUCAUGAGUUGCACCACAGGAGAGAAACUGUAUUUUGUGCCUGGGCUCAUGGGUGCAGGCCAGAGAGGCAGUAAAAAUCAAUGCGUUUCUUUGCUUUUUACAAGCUGACAUUAGGGGCGGGGCAUUACUUUACAUUAUGCAAGCAAUAAACUUUAAUCAAUCAAUGACAGACUCAGAAUUAACCAUUCAU